GCCGCGCCCCCGUUCAAAGCGCGUGGGCGGAGCCCGCUCGGAGCCUAGCCAAUCGGAGGCCGCGCUCCUCCCGGGCGGCGCUCCGGACCAAUCACACCCUCGCGGGCGGGAGGCGGGGCGACUCAACCGUCGAGCUCGCGCAGGCGCGGCGCAGGCUGGUUGGCGCCUCUGCACUGAGAGUGGCGUUAGCGCAGGGAUCGCAGCCAGCGUUGAGUGCGGCGCCGGGAACCGUGUGUGGGUGCUUCUCCCUGGGGUCAUGCAGAGAGCAUCCCGUCUGAAGAGAGAGCUGAGCCUGCUGGCUGCGGAGCCGCCCCCGGGCAUCACGUGCUGGCAGGACGGGGACCGAAUGGAAGCUCUGCGAGCUCAGAUAUUAGGUGGAGCAAACACACCUUAUGAAAAAGGUGUUUUCAAGCUGGAAGUUAACAUUCCUGAGAGGUACCCAUUUGAACCUCCUCAGAUCCGAUUUCUGACUCCCAUCUACCACCCCAACAUCGAUUCUGCUGGAAGGAUUUGUUUAGAUGUUCUCAAAUUGCCGCCCAAAGGUGCCUGGAGACCGUCCCUCAACAUCGCGACCCUGCUGACUUCUGUUCAGCAGCUCAUGGCCGAGCCCAACCCCGAUGACCCGCUCAUGGCCGACAUCUCCUCAGAGUUUAAAUACAACAAGCCAGUCUUCCUCAGGAACGCCAGGCAGUGGACAGAGAAGCACGCGAGGCACGAGGUGGGGUGUCUAUAAAGCUCCGGUUGCUCUCUUGUUGUGGUUCCGUUACGCGCUGAUGAAGAGGAGACUCCUGAAAAGCCCCCCGAGGCGGGAGACUCGGAAGGACCCAGCGAAGCGCAGAAAAGGAAAGCCACGCACCUGGGGGGCGUAGAAAAGAAGUUUUGCCCUGAUGCUUAGGGCGGGCGUGGUCCUGGCCCAUCUUAGUUAAUGCGUUC